AUUGCAUAGACGAAACUAAUCACAGCAACAGUUUCGCACUUCGGGCGUCAGCGACGGCAUUCAGUACGCUGUGGAACUUAGUACACAAACUUACAACGUAAAGCAAAGCGAACGACUGGACUAUGCUUGAGGCCAGACUAUGGAACAGUAUUAUCCUAGUGUUUUGGAUUGCCAUCGUCGCAGGUGCAGAACGAAAUCAUCCGACAAUAUUACGCAAACGCAACGAAAUGACCAGGUACAUGAAUUUGCACGCCAAUCCGUGUAAGGACUUUUACGAAUUCGCCUGCGGCAGUUGGGAACAACCUUACGUACAAACACGAUACGAGCAGCCGAUACUGAAAGAUAUGGAAAUUUAUUUACGUACGAAAGUGGAUCACGAUUUGCGCAAUAUGCUGCAGGAACAAACUAAAUUGGAGGAUGGCUUGAAUGGACGUAAAUUAAAAGAUUUUUAUAUAUCCUGUACGGCGGCCGAACGGAAUGGCGUCGCACAACAGGAAUACUUCAGUCAGAUGAUCGAAAAGCAUGGUGGCUUCCCAGCGAUACCGGGUUCCAAUUGGCACAUGCGGAGCAAUAACUACAAUUGGCAAGAUGUGGUGGGCACGUUGCGCUUUCAAUACGGCAUGAAUAUAUUGGUGGGUGUGAAGAUUGGCGUCAAUUAUUUGUACCCUUUCGAGGAUAGCGUCUACUUGAGCGAACCGGACACCUUUAUACCGCCGGAACUGUGUAGUGCGGAGGGUACCAAUAGAACGGACUUACGUUCCGAAGAGUAUGCGAUAAUUGAAAAUGAAGUGGCCGAAAAUCUCAGCAUGUGGCUAACGCUUGAUAUGGAGAAGGCGCAAGUGAUUGCCUCCGAUUUGGUGGCGUUUGAGUUUAAACUUUGCACCGGUAUAAAGAGAUGGGAUAUCAGCCAACUUGCCGUGAACAGCAGUUAUAAUAGUGAUAUACGCAAGACGCUUUACGAUUUUACAUAUCAAUACGAUAAUAAAAUCGACUUUGUCGCGGCCACUUUUGGCACACAAAUACAAAAACCCGUAUUCAUGGGUAACGAGGCGUACUACAAGCAGCUUGUUAAAACCCUGGACUCUACAAAUAAGACGACAAUCGCAAACUACAUUAUGUAUCAGACAUUGGCGGCCUUAAGUUUCCCACAUACGGAUCAGCCGAGUAGUCGUGCUUUGUUCUGUUUGGAAAAGGCAAAGCGCUACUUUCCGAAAUUUCUCGGUGAGAUGUAUCACAGAAAUUAUGUGAAUGUUGCUGCUAGGGAUGAUGUGGUCAACAUGUUCGACAAAUUGAAAGAAUCUUUCCGCCAGAGUUUACAAAUACCCUGGAUCAGGGAGCAUACACGCCGCAUUGCUGAGAGCAAACUGGCAGAGAUGCAUCUGGCCUUCCCCUACUAUGGCAAAAUGGAAACAAGUAGUAUAAACAUAAAUCGCAGCGAUUAUUGGCACAACUUGGAUAUACUAAUGAAAGAUCGACAAGAGGCGCAAUUCCAACGCAUUUUCCCGCCACCACAUCCGAAUAUGUUUGAUCAAGUAGAAUCGUACGAAACGAACAUUUUCUAUAGAUCACAACAUACACGCUUCGAAAUGGGUUGGGGACUACUGCAGGAACCGCUCUAUCUUACGCAGUAUCCGAACUCGAUGCGUUACGCUGCGAUCGGUCAUAAGCUAUCCUCGCUGUUGGCCAGCGCCUUCGAUGACAUCUCGUGGAGCACAUCGCCUAACGGUGUAUUAAAUUGGGAUCAGACUACAGCUACGGAGUAUCGCAAUCGUAGCGAAUGUUUCCGUCAACAGAUCAGCAAUUAUCUCUACAAUGAUCCCGCGUUGUUUGCAAAUACUACACUCUUGCGCCAAAUAAUAGCACAAAGUGCUGGUUUAAAUGUAGCAUUCGACGCUUAUUUGAAUUGGUUGGCAUUUCAACAGCCCACUGACGAUCACGAGACGCUAUUGAGAGAAACUCUGCCCGAAUUCAACUUCACCAACACACAACUGUUUUUUAUUGCCUUCGCGCAAAAACAUUGUAGCGCUGGCGAUGCGGGCUCACGGCGGUCCAGUACGAAGGGAUCCGCGCGCACACUCAGUCCACUUGAACGGCAUACGAUCGAACGCUACCUAGUCAACGGACCGCUGAGAAAUUAUAAUGAAUUCGCGCGAGACUUUGGCUGUCCGAUGGGCGUGGAGAUGAAUCCGCCGGAUAAAUGUGUUAUUUAUUACCUGCGAAGAGAAAGUAUAUGUGAGAUAGCUAUGUGCUCGCUCAAGCGCCUUGGCGAUUAUUUUAUAAUAAAGCUCAGCUUAUCAGCAAAAUGUGCUGUUGUUGGAGACGUUGGUGUAGACAGCAAAAUUAUGGUUUUUGAAAGUAUUGAAACAUUUUCAACACUUCAGUACUGUUUCCAGUCUGACUACGACAAAAUGCAUAACACUGGAGCGCUGACCCGAGUUUUACCGCUAACUUUAAGCUGCAUAUUGGCUUUAUGCAGUCUUGUGCCGCAAGCUGUGGCGGAACGCGGCACAAAUGGACGCGAAAGGGAGGAGCAAAUCAUGCGCAAUGCCAAGGCAGCAGAGGUACUCAGAUAUAUGAACCGACAGGCCGAUCCAUGCAAUAACUUUUAUGACUUUGCAUGCGGCAAUUGGGCGUCACAUCAACCGACAUUGUUGGAGGGUGAUGCGCCGAUAUCCGUACAAAGUCAGUUGGCGCAACGCGUACGAAAGGACGUACAAAUGCUGCUCGAUGCCGAUGCACGCGGCAAGGGUAGGACGAAUUUGGAUGAGCGUAAAGUUAAGGAGUUCUACAAGUCGUGUAUAGUAGUCGAACGCUCUUCGUCGUUACAGCAAGCCUUCCUCAUGAAUUUCAUAAAGGAAUAUCACGGCCUGCCGUUGCUAGCGGGCACCAACUGGAAUAUGAACUAUGACUGGGUGCAGGUAGUUGCGCGUUUGCGUUUGAACUAUGGUUUCGACUAUCUGAUUGGUAUGGAAGUGGUGACGAGUGAGCAUUCGCUACCAGGCAAAGCGGUGAUACAAUUGACCGAACCGGCGACGUCAUUGUUACCGCGACACUUGUGCAGCGCAGGUGCUACUUUGGAUACGAGGGUUGCUGAAAAACUUACUGCGCAAUUGCAAACUGAAAUCGCCUUGGACUUACAGUCUUGGUUUGGGCUGAAAGAUGACGAAACGGAACGCGUCGCUGGCGAUAUUAUACGUUUCGAGCUCGAAUUAUGCCAAUAUAUGAGAGAGGCUGAAUCAUUGCCGCCAUCCGAGAAUGAUGAGCCCGAACCGAAUGUUUAUGAGGGACGAGAUUUGGCGAGCCUUUCAAAGAAAUUUGGUAACAUAAUCAAUUUCAGAAAGUAUUUGGAAACCAGUCUCAACUCAACCGUUGCAAACUCGGAGAUCGUCAUGAAAUCAACGAGUUAUUUUAAACAUUUGGCACGCAUAGCUCGCUCAAACCCGAGACCAACGCUAACCAAUUACAUAAUGUAUCGCGCACUGGCGGAAAUCAACUUUCCACGCAAUGAAACUAGUACUCCAAGAGCGGGACACUGCGCGCAAUUGGUCAUGCGCUUCUUCCCCAAAGUUGUCGGUGAGAUAUAUAAGAAUAAAUAUCAACGUAGCGAAAUUAGAAGCGAUGCUGAACAACUUUUCGACAAAAUCAAAGGCACUUUGAGGGAAUCUUUAAAUGUAAAUGAUUUAUCGGAAAAUGCACAGGGAGCGUUGCGUAACAAACUGCUGGCAUUUGAGAGGUUACUCUUCCCCAUCUACAAGGGUGUCAACUUACGUGACCUGCCGCUAGAACACACCAAUUUCUGGCAGAAACAAGAUAUCGCCAUGAAGUUUAAGGGAUACAAAGAGCGUCAGCGUUUCUAUGGUGGCGAUCCCGAGUUGGAUGAAAGCCUCGUCGAAGCGUUUGAUGUGCGUAUGCAGUUGCUGGAUAAUGGCAUCAUGACCGGUUGGGGACUGCUACAACCGCCCUUCUAUGAUUACAAUUACGCCAAGUCUUUAAAGUAUGCGUUGCUGGGUCCACUUAUUGCGCGUGAACUGGCGGCCGCCUUAAUACCCGAUGAGCUGGAGACAGAGCUUACACGCGAUGACUCGAUUAUGGAAAUUUUCAACAAUGUGACCGAAUGCUAUCGCACGCAAUACAGCAACUACUUGUAUAAUAUACCGAAUGUAUUCUACAAUGCCAGCAAAUUGGGUGAGCUAAUGACAGAUAGCGCUGGCUUGAAUAUAGCUUUCAAGACCUAUCUCGAUUGGCUGGCUGGGGUGGAUUCGAGUGAACGACAAAUAUUGUUGCGUGAAACCCUGCCAGGUGUGGACUUUACCAAUACACAGUUAUUUUUCAUCAUUUUCGCGCAAUCCCGUUGCCAUGCCAAAUAUGUCAAGGAAAUGCCGCCAACAUUUCUACCGCUGGAUACGCACACAGAAGAACUCUUCAAUGUUAAUGGCGUCUUGGGAAAUAAUGUGGAGUUUGCGCGUGAAUUUGGCUGUGCGCUGGGCACGGAUAUGAACCCAGAUGACAAAUGUACUUUGUUUUGAAUUUAGAAAAUUAAAGUCCAAGCAGCAAAACUUUUAAUGAUUUUUUGCUCGAUUUGCCUUUUGGACUCGUAUUCGAACAGUUGCAGUUUUGUGCUUAAAACUGGACCAUAAGAUCCGAAAAUUGUAUAUCAGAAGAGCUCUUGUUUAUUUAUAAUAUGGUAUGUUUCAAAAAUAAAUUUUUCAUGAAAAUUUAACCCAUGAAUUUUAA